GCCUGCUUUGGCAAUCUUGACAAUGCCGCCGCUACACAAGUAGAGCUAGCCAAGCUUUGUGCUGACAAAUCAAUGCGUGAAAGGUGCACUGCCACGGAGUUCUCCACGCUGUUCAAGGGUCUGGGUCCGGCAGAUCAAUCUGAGUAUGGAGACUUGGAACUCCGCGACAAGUACCUAAGCAGCAUCCCCACCCAGGUCUACUGCAAAAUCGAGCUCGAGACAUUCACUACAUGGGAAGACGCUGAUAAGCGCGCCAAUGAAGUGGAACAGAUAUUCAACAUCAGCUGGGCCCAUCGGCCCAAGUUGAACAGUUUCUUCUCGGCUCAAGGAGGUGGAUGUGGUGGAGCACACAGUGAUGCACCCUGGUCACAAGAUGCUUCAGCCAGCAUCAAUGUGGCCAUUGGAAAAGGAGACUUCCCCGGCAGUUGCUAUGGCUGCGGGAAGAAGGGGUACUGUCGCUUCAAGUGCCCCGACUGUAAGGACAAGCCUUACACAAAACGCGCUGAUGCAUGGGCUACGGUUGCCUCAAGUUCUACU